AUGCCGUUCAAUGUGGCAGGCUCCGUGCCUCCCUCUUGUCUGAACACUGUGGAAGAAGCUCCACAUUUUCCAAAUAUGUGUGAGAGCACAGAGGGCUACCUCACCUCUAAGCUUGCUGAUGACUGCCCUAGCCUGGAGUUUCUCAGUGUCAACACUUCCUUCAGGCCAGAUAAUCCACGCCCAGAGUCAUCCUGUGAACUGGGGGGUGGCUAUCCCUGUCCCUGGCUCUACCACAAGAGGCCAGGAACAAACACCCUGUACCCAGGCGUGGCCCCGCGCUUCCCGGUGACCUCGGAGCGUCGGGGCCGCGGGCCCCUGCGGUCAGGGGGACGGCGCCUCCCGCUCGGGACUCAUCGGGCCCUUUACCGUCCACCCGAUGGCGUUUUAGGAAGACGGCUUUGCAUCCGCGGGGCCGCCGCCUCUUCUAAGGCGGCGCCGUUGGUUCUGCCCCGGCCCGGUGCCUGGCGGGCGCCCCGCGGGGAGGCGUUUCCACGGGCACGUCACCGCGAUUUCAAAACCGGCGUCGGUGUAGAGCGCCGCUGGUUUGACGGUAACCGGUAUAAACUUGGACGCAGAGGGGCCUUCGGAAGCCGGUUCCCACCCGUGAGGACCCGGGGCGCCCCACCGUUGCCCUCCUUGGGUGGGUCUAAAAAUUCCGGGACACAGUUGGAGUGCUUAAUCCAGUUGGUGAGAGCGGGAGCCGCGCUGAACAUCUCCACUACCCGCUAUGCCCAGACCCCCGCCCACAUUGCUGCUUUUGGAGGACACCCUCAGUGCCUGGUCUGGCUGAUUCAAGCUGGGGCCAACAUUAACAAACCGGACUGUGAGGGGGAAACUCCCAUUCACAAGGCAGCCCGCUCAGGGAGCCUCGAGUGCAUCACUGCCCUGGUGGCCAACGGGGCUCACGCUGACCUAAGAAAUGCCAGUGGCCUGACAGCAGCAGACAUUGCACAAACCCAGGGUUUCCAAGAGUGUACCCAGUUUCUCUUGAGCAUCCAGAGUCAUCACCUGAGUGGUUUCUAUCAUAAUGGCGCCUUGAGUGGGUGUCAAGAGAACCUAUUUCCCAGUCGAAUUAGUGUGGGAACAAAUCGAAAGCGAUGUUUGGAAGACUCGGAAUCCUUGGGAGUGAAGAAAGCUAGGACUGGAGUGCCAAGCCUGGAUUACGCCAUGCCACUAGCAAAUGGCGAGACAGAAGACGAUGCUGACAAAAUGCACAUUGAUAGAGAGCUCGCUGCUGUAACAGGUGGGAGUGGACAGUUUCCUGUUAGCUGCAACAGCAACCCAGUGGUCGAAGACAUCAAACAGCAGGAGAGUGGUUCUGUUGGACCCAAAGAAAUAGAAAUAUAUACUGUUUCAGCAAUGCAGACCCCUUGUCGUUGCAAGAAUCAGUAUGCAUGUUAUCUCUAACAGUUUUUUUCAAGCUCCUCUGCACUUUGUUGUCCAGUGCCCUUGAAAACUGUUUUACUACACUUUGCGUGUCUUGGGCAGUUUGUAGAUGCAAGGAUAAGUGUUAUGGUGCGUCCUGUGGAUAUGGGAAAUGAAGUGCAAUCUCCCUGUUUUGAUUUGAAGUUUUUGCUUAAUGUGCCUUGCUUAUUUUUAAUGAGGUUUGCAGUUUUAAUUUUCUGAUGUGGCCUUUGGGCAAAUGCACUGAAUAUGGUAUCUAGUAUUUCUAAGGCAGUAUACAUCAAUGGCAGCUUGAUGUAAGCACUGAGAACUGGUCAAUACUACAGCCCUGACUGUACCCCAUCCUGCCAGGACGGGAGUCCCUGCCCACACUCUGGUUGUGUUGAUGCCUGGUGUUCCCACUGAGGCUGUUAAAAUGCUGAAUGUUGUUCCACAAAACAUUUUGUAUGUGAAAAUGUUCAGCAUAUUAAACAGUUAAUAUAUCUUCAAUUUUGACAGGGCAAAAGCUUAGUUUUUCCUAGCAUUUAGAAUGCUUAAAAAGGUUUGUCUAUUUAGCUAAUGCUUUUUUUCUACCAUUCUUUCAUUUAGGUAGCCUAAAAGCAUUUUGGCCAUUGUCUAUGUGUUAAUCUGUAUAGAGAUACCCAGAUUCUUCACUGGGAAUUAAAAAAAAGUGUUACUUUUUUUUUCCCAAACCCACGUGAAAACACCAUUUCUGUUCACUAACAUGAGUAGGGAUGUGUGCAUCCUUCUACAAGCCACAGAGGAGUUCAGUGCCCUCUUUUUGCCCAGUAGUUAGAUGGACAAAAAAAGUGCCCUCUUUUUGCCCAGUAGUUAGAUGGACAGUUUUGAUCAGAUAGUACAUUGAAAAUAAUAUGUGUUCUGUAGUUAGGUGCUACCAGGACUCAAAGCCUGUUUUAUUCUAGCUGUCUUUGUCACACACUACCAGCCAGGGCAUGCUGGUGCUGGUGCUGAGCGUGCUGGCAGGUUCUCCUUCAGCCGCUCAUCCCAGGUGUCAGGAGCCAAACAGGCCCUCCCCGGGCUUUCCAUCACACCUUUGUGACUCUGACUAAACAAACCUAUUAAGUCCCCAGAGAUCACCUGCAGUUUCCACGUGGGCUGCAGCAUCUCUUGCACCCCGAAAGUUUGCAGGAACUGCAAAUUCUGUCCCUGGAGGUAAGCAGAGAAGGCUGUCUGCCCUUAAGUUUGUCUGUCUGCCUUUGAGUUUUUCUUUGUUCUGUUGGAAUUUUUUUAAGGACAGUGUAUUUUGAAACUAUUCAGCACUUUCACAUUUUGAAAGGACUCAAGGGAGGACACUGCCCAGUGCUCCUCUGCUGUGUGUCUAAGGUUAAGUCCUCAGGUGAUCUAGCUGUCUGUACCAUGUGCUUUGGAUAAGGGUGGCCUCCAUGGGGUGGCUGCAAGUGGCUGGAAGGGAAGUACGGAAGGGCCUUGCCAGGCAGCUCCAUGUAGAGGAGAGCAGGAAGGAGCCAGCGAGGUCUGUGCCUACCGUGGUGACAUUAGGGAGUCUGCUCUUGUGGUAUGCAGUGGUCCCACAUUGCCCAGGACAUGGUGAGGCCUCCGAGGCGCCUUGAAUUCAAGAUUGAGCAGUGACAUAACUGACUUUAGUUGGCCGCUAAAGGAAAAUCCUGCUUAUUUUGUUUCACUGUGGACUGUUGUUUCCACAGAGUGGACAUUAGUAACUUAUCAAAGUUGCCAUCUUACUUACUAGUUUUAUCACGUAAGACAGGUAGUUUCCUACAUGAUACCUUUUUAAAGAUAAAAAAUAUUCAUAUUUAAAAAAAAAUUGUUUUCCCCUGGGAAUAAAUUUUGUAUUUAGUUCUUGAUAUAGUUGUUUCCUAGUCUUGAGUUUUAACUAAAUAGAAAAGCACUCAUUUAAUUUGAAAAAUCCAUUAUCUUGUAAUAGAGGGGUAGCAAUUGUUAAGCUGUGAUUGUUGCUUAAAUUGCCAAAAAAUUGAUGAUCAGGGAAUAAUUGGAAGAUGUCUUGUUCAGCCAUGAUCCUUUGUCGGCAGAAAGAUUGGCAGGACACACAGACCUCUGUCAGGUGGUGUAUGGGAAGAGUCACAUUAGGGCGAUUGGUGUUAAAAUGUGUGCUCGUUCUACAAGCUAUGAGAACCGAGUUCUCUCUAUUUAUCAUCGUGCUUACUUUGGUAGCCCAGAGCACUGAGGUAAAAAUCUAACAUUACCAAGCAAGAGGUAACAUUAGAGCUGUCUGCACUGUUCCCUGAAUUCCUGGGGAACAGGUGUUCUCCAUUCCACUGUACAAAACUUGCAGCUU